AUGAAGCCCUACUGCAAAUUGGCCGCUUCUUUGCUUUUUCAGUCUGGCUUCUCUUUUGCUUCUUUGUGCUGCCUUGGAGAGAAAAGAAACGAAGAGAAGAAGCGUUCGAAGCAGCCAGCAGAAGAAGAAGAAGAGGCAGAGACAGAGACGGAGGCUACAGAGGACGGAGUACAGAGUAUCCGUACGUACAGGGAGACGGAAGAUGAUAAGAUGAAAAAGCAACUGCAGCAGCCAUCCAUGCCAGCCCAUCUCUCAGAAUCGGCGUUAUGGCCAGAACUGUUUCUCGCCGGCCCGCUUAUUGAGUCAGUCCAGUCCAUCAAGUCAAGCCAGAGUCAGAGCGAGCCUGCAUGGAGGGAAGAAGAAAAGCUUUCUGUGACGAGCUCUCGCAGCGGCCUUACUCUUACGCAGGAAGAUGCAUACUCGGGUGCAUAUACUCUGCUCUGGGCUUUACUUUACCCUCUCUCUCUCUCUCUCUCUCUCUCUCUCUCUCUCUCUCCUCCAUCAGAAGAAACAGAUGGCGAGAGUCAGUGUGAAAUUGCAAAAAAGGGGCUGAUGAAGAAGAUGAAACACGACUCUUCCGACAGAGAUGCUGGAGCAAGCAAGGGGUUUUUUUUUUUGAAGAUAAUAAAAAAUAAAAAAAAAAUAAAAAAUAACUUCAAUGCCCAUGCAGGAUUUUCUGCGCUUUUCUCUGCUUCAUGA